GACCCAAGAGAGGGUAUAAAGGCCCCUGGCAGACCCGGGCUGCUUCCAAACCCAACUGGAGACUUGGGGACAACUGACACUCUUGCUCAUCUUCUUUGGACAGCACCAUGGGGCUCAGUGAUGGAGAAUGGCAACUGGUCCUGAACGUCUGGGGGAAGGUGGAGGCGGAUCUCUCCGGCCACGGGCAGGAGGUGCUGAUCAGACUCUUCAAAAGCCAUCCUGAGACGCUGGAGAAGUUUGACAAAUUUAAGCACCUGAAGUCUGAGGAUGAGAUGAAGGGGUCUGAAGACCUUAAGAAACACGGCACAACGGUGCUCACCGCACUGGGGAACAUCUUGAAGAAGAAGGGCCAGCAUGAAGCAGAGCUGAAGCCCCUGGCCCAGUCCCAUGCCACCAAGCACAAAAUCUCCAUCAAGUUCCUGGAGUUCAUCUCAGAGGCCAUUAUCCAAGUGCUCCAGAGCAAACACCCCGGGGACUUCGGCGGGGAUGCCCAGGCUGCCAUGGGGAAGGCCCUGGAACUCUUCCGCAACGACAUGGCGGCCAAGUACAAGGAGCUUGGAUUCCAGGGCUAGAGCAGGCUGAGGAUUGAGCUAGAUGGUGGUCAGCCCCCUCCACUGGCUGUCCUCUCUCCUGCCCGACCCCCUAGGUCAAGUAGUUAGCUUCCAUUAAAGUAGUACCUUAGUUUUGGGUUUGGGGAUACCCUAUCUGACUGAGACAUGGUGGUGUCAGCAUAGAGUGAAGCGGUCGGGGGAUACGUUUUAUGUGGUACUAACUGGCAGAGUCAUUCUGCUACAGAGUCAUCCUUUUUGCCUUCUUGGCCUUCCAAAGGUGGAGACCUAAGGCCUUGAGAGCUGGGAGCUGACCAUCGUUCCUGGAGGUGCUUUUGUGGCUAUACCUCUUGGCUUCCUUUCAGGGGUGCAAUGACAGUUUUCUCUUUAGGGGCAGGGAGAAUGAAGGGCUGGAGAGAGAACUGGGGGAAGGGGAAGGGGUGUGUUCAGCCCUCCUUUUCCCCACCAUCUGGGUCCCUAAUGGCUUCCAUUCUGCCUUUGAUUAGCCCUUCAACUGUGUACUCUCUUUCCUUUCCUCUUUUUCUUUCUCUCCCCCAAGGCUAUCACAGCCAGUGCUCCCAGCAUUCCUUGGGGAUGGCAGCUCUGACAGAUGGCUCCUGAAUGAGAUGGAGACACUUGAGACACCAGAAGGGGGGAUGGGAGGAGAGAUAAAAAGAGAGAGAGAGAGAGAGAGAGAGAGAGAGAGAGAGAGAGAGAAGAGAGAGAGAAGGAGGGAGGAGGGACGGAGAGACGGAUAGAGAGAGAUGGAGAGUGAGAGAGAGAAAGGGAAAGAGAAUGUUCUCAGUUAAUGGGUGUGACUCUCCUGGUCUUAAUAAAGGACCUGCAACCAA